AUGACUCAGGGUUCCAAUAGGCUGCGAACGCAUUUUCUACUUAUCUCUAUACUCGUUGUACUUGCCGGCCUCUUUACCGUGCGCAGUCACUCUCCUGCGCCGCUUUCCUCCGACUAUAGCAUGGCAGCCAGAGCGGCCAACCAGUCCAUGCGCGCCAUAGUCGCUCACGAGAAAGGCGGACCGGAGGUUUUGAAGCUCCAUCAGAACUACCCACGGCCGGUGCCCAAAGCCGGCGAAGUGCUGAUCCGCGUGAAAGCGUUUGGCCUCAAUCGGGCCGAAAUGUUCACUCGACAGGGCCACUCCCCUGGAGUGGUUUUCCCGCGCAUCCUCGGAAUCGAGGCCACGGGCAUCGUAGAGGAGGCACCCUCUAACGAGUUCGUCAAGGGCCAGACGGUGGUGACUGCCAUGGGCAAUAUGGGCCGCAUGUAUGAUGGCGGCUACGCGGAGUAUACAUGUGUCAACGCGACGCAAGUCAAGCCGAUCCAAUCCACCACCGUACCUUGGAACGUCCUGGGCGCGCUGCCAGAAACCAUGCAGACAGCUUGGGGGAGCUUGUUUGGCCCUCUGAAGCUCCAGUCUGGCGACCGUCUGCUCAUCCGUGGCGGCACCACGACCAUCGGGUUGGCUGCGGCCGCCCUGGCCAAACACCACGGUGCACACGUUGUGUCUACCUCGCGCAAGCCUGAGCGCGAAACUAUGCUGCGAGACCAUGGCGCUGAUCAUGUCAUCAUCGAUAGCGGCUCCAUUGCCAAUGAGGUGUUGGCACAAUAUCCCGAAGGCGUUGACAAGGUGCUCGAGCUCAUCGGCGUAGUCACCAUGGCAGACUCGCUGAAAACCCUCAAACCCGGCGGCAUACAGUGCAUGACGGGCAUCGCAGGCGGCAAAUGGGUUCUUGAUUCCUUUAGCCCGUUGCCCACGAUUCCCAAGGGCCGCUACCUGACGACAUACGGUGGGAGCAGCGAUGACUUGCUGGCGACACCACUCGAUGACAUUGUAAAGCUAUUUGAAGAUGGAACAAUGAUUUUGCCUAUCAAGACGUUUAGCAUGGAAGAAAUUGUGGAAGCGCAUCGGUUUAUGGAGUUCGAAGGCGGCGCCAAAGCAGUAGUCCUUGUAGAUUGA